AUGGAUAUGAUUCAGGGGUUUAUUCAACCUCAAAAGACGCAUUCCGUGGAAGAUGCAAUACCUACGUUUUGUGAUCGUGUUGAAUCUUCAACAUUAAUUAGCGAUAGGCGUUCUGCUGUUCUAAGCUUAAAGUCAUUCAGCCGUGAAUAUAGGGAAACUGUUAUUGCUUCUGGUUUAAAGCCUUUAAUCAGCGCUUUAAAGAAGGAUCACGAAGAUGAGGAUUCAGUGAAAGCAAUUUUGGAAACGCUAUUAAUCCUCUUUAUUAGAGGUGAAGGAUCAAAUGAUUUGACGCGCCAAUGGAUCUCCCAACAUUCAAGGCUUAAAAAUGGUAAAUAUCCAUCACCACUCGUAAUGAAGCAGGAAUUGGAACAAUUCGAUCAGUUUUCAUUAUGGAUUGCUGAUGCCUUGACGCAGACUAAUGAACUUGUACAUCUUUUCAUUCGACUACUAGAAAACGAUAACUUUCAUAUUCGGCUAUACACUAUUCAAUUAUUGGAGGCUAUUAUCACUACUAGGCCACAACGUGGUCGUGAGGCAUUGAUAUCUUUACCGAUCGGUAUUUCUACUCUGGUUUCAAUGUUGGAUGACAUUCACGAUCCAAUAAGAGAUGAAGCUAUUCUUUUAUUAACCGCUGUAUCCAGUGACAAUUCACAUAUACAGAAGCUUGUUGCAUUUGAGAAUAUUUUUCAGCGAUUAUUUAUGAUAGUUGAAAAUGAAGGUGGUCUUAGGGGUUCCAUUGUGGUUGGUGAUUGCCUUACCUUGAUCAGCACUAUCCUGAAAUAUAAUACCUCAAAUCAGUGCCUUUUUUUUGAAAGCAGCAAUCUUCCAUACUUAGCAAGGGUGCUAAACGAACCAAUUUCCGGGGACGAAGAAUUCUACUGGAACAGUCAACGUCUCGUUAAUAUUGGUAUCUCUCUAGAAAUUGUAAGACUAACUGUUGAGCCUGGUAAUUCAACGACCAAGAAACACCAAAUUGCCCUUUCUGAAGCAGGCAUCCUGAUGGUUAUUCUUCGUUUAGCUCUUUACCAUGGAACUCCAAAUGAUAUCAGACCACUUUCCCUGCUAACGGCCGCAGAUCUAAUCAGAGAUAACCCUACUGUGCAGAAACAACUUGGAGACAUCGACGUGCCUUACUGGGAUAUAUGCCUUCCCAAUGCAACUAUAGCUGCUGACGGAGCUGUCAUACCUAUUCUUGAUCUAUUAAUGUCGUGGGUAUUUUACUCUAAUUCUGUACUCGCUUUCGAAAUCCGCGUAGCAUCGCUGGAGUUGUUGAAGGCUUACUUCUCUAAGAACUUGGAACUUCGUCGGACGGUUCUUCAGGCCCAGAUUGAAAAUUUAAAAGAUGAUUCGACAGAAAACAGGAACUUGAAGCCCAAUUUUAUUAGUAUCCUAAUUGAAUAUGAUCCACAUAUGAGCUUAAAUCCUUAUAAGCUGUUUUUCGCCACCGAUUUAUUGUUAUCCAUGGCGAAAACGGACGAAGAUAGUGUUGAAUUGGCGGAAAUGCUUCGAAAUUUAAUCUGCGGGGAUAGUGCAACAGAUGCAGAGGGUUUGUCGUUUAUUCAAACGAUCUUUGAGCUACUCCUAACAUCUAUAACAUCAAAGGAUAUCAGGAUUCCACUUUCAUACUUAGGCUUCCUGGUUGUUUACAUGUUUGAGGAUCUUAAAGCAGUAGAAGAUUUUCUAUCAAGUAAGGCCAAUAUUAAUUCGCUUUUGAAUUACGCAUCUCAUUCAAGUGAUGAGGUUAUAACAGUAAAAUGCAUGAUUAUUAUGUUGUUGGGGGUAGCGUACGAAUUUUCUUCAAGUACUGCAGCAGUACCUCGUGCACAGCUUUACGAUAUGUUAGUGAAGACUAUUGGUGUUGAUAAUUACACUUCAAAGAUAAAGCAGUUUAAAGAUAACAUCAUAAAGGAUUUCGGUAGCUCUUACUUUGGUCCCGAAUUUGACGAUACGGGAUUGCCUAAGAUUUACUACACCACAUACUUUGUCCAUUUGUUCAAGGAGAACUAUUUCCGUAUUCAAUCUUCUUUAAGACGCAGUCCUGAAGAAGAUCCCAAUGGUAAGAUCUCAUUCAAAGAUUUCAUCGAGCUCCAGGAACAAUUAAUUGCUGCCAAGAAACAAUUGAAAGUAUCUGAUGAUGAGAACUCAAAGAUAGUGCAAGAACUUAAAACAAAAAUUGAGGAACUUGAGCAAGAGCUCGAGAAGAUUAAGCUGGAACAUAUCAAAAGUAGUGAAGGUUUAAGUAUAUCAGAUGUAAAAUGUCAAGAGCUAACUAAAAGCCUAAAAGCAUCUGAGCAAGCGGUAAAAGACCUAACUGCAAAGAAUCUUGAAUUAGAACAAUUAAAGGACAAGAACCAGAAGCAAAUUGAAGGCAACAAAGCAGCAUUGGCGAAAUUUAGGGAACGGGUUACUAAUCUGGAAGAAAACAUUAAGGUUAUCACAGAUGAGAAGAAGAAAGCAGAGGAUGGUAUCAACAAGAUGAAUAGAGAAUUGUUCACAUUAACCAAGGAAAAGGAUUCCAUAGCUAAUGAACUGAAGAAGUUACAAAAACAAUCUGAAACUAGUCUCCAAAAUGCUGAUAAGGAGAAUAAGUUGUUAAACAAGAAGAUCUCUCAGCUCCAGUCCGAGCUAAACAACUUACAGAAACAAAUUGAAGUUUUAAUUAGUGAAAAAAACAAACUGAAUGAAUCCAACCUUGGUUUGUCAAAACAGUUAGAAGAAUUAAAGCCUCGUAUUGCAAGCCAUGAGAAAUUAAUUCCAAAAUUGACAGAUAAAUUGAAAUCUCUUGCAACCGACUAUAAAGAGAUAGAUGCAGAUAGAGAAACCCUAAGAAAGCAGCUGGAAGACAUGCAGGUAAACUCUAAUUCGGAAGUUUCUGCCCUAAAAUCAGAAGUAAAUAAUUUUGAAAAGGCCAAUAGUGCCUUACAGAAAGCUAAUGAAGAACUCACUGGACGGGUAGCGGAACUCACCGAGUCGUUGAAUAGUACAAAAAAGAAGCUUAAAAAUUCAGAUGAGACUUUGAAAGCCGAAAAGAAAUCACUAUUGGACAACAUUAUUGAGUUGAAGUCUCAGUUCUCUAGUGCUAAGAAAGAGUCAGAAGAAUUGAAGAAAAGUUUAGCCACUUCAAGCAAGGAAUUCGAGAGAGUUAGCCAAAAAGUCAAAGAUUUGGAAAAAUCUCGAGAUGAGUUCGCCUCAAAGUUAAAAUCUACUCAAUUGGACCUUGAAUCUGCUAACAGCAAUGGCAAAAACCUGGAAAAUGAACGUGACCAAUACAAAUCUGAGUUAGGUGUGGUGAAGGAUUCCAACCUAAAUUUAGAGAAGAAAUGUGAAAACCUAGAAAGUGAUCUCAAAUCGAAAAUCAAGGAAUUGGAUAAUUCCAACAGUAUAGGUAAUAAUAUCAGCGUAGACAAAGAUAGAGAACACAAUCAUCUAAUUGAGCAACUGAACGAUCUAAAGGACGAAAAAGAUUCUAUGAAAUUAAAAACUUCUCAGUUGGAAAAGGAACUGAAGGAGCGAACAGAGAAUGCUAAGAAGGCUGAUUUAAGUCGUAAGAUCGAAUUGGCUACGGCGAAUAACUCCAUCACUGAAUAUCAGAAAAAGUUAUCUGAACUGCAAGAUAAGCAUUCUGCCUUAGAGAAAAAGUAUUCAGAGGUUGGGGAUGCGAAUAACACUGUCGGAUAUUCAAAUGACAACUCCGGAGGAAAUAAAAAGAAUAAAAGGAACUCUGUCAAAAAAGAGAACCAGUCUGAUGAACAGUUGAAGAUUUUAACUAAAAAGGUAACAGCUUUGGAGUCGGAAAAUAAAUCACUGAAUGUUUUAGUAGACGAAUUAAAAGCUGUUAAAGAAAAGUUAAGUGAGAAGGAUGCUCAAAUUACAAAACUAAAUAAUGAACUCACAGAAAAAGGGAGCCGAUCUGAAAUUACCAUUCGUGAUAUGGACGCUAAGAUUCAAGAACUUACAAUAAAAUGUGAGAGUGUGGAAGAACUAAAGAAGAGCUUCGAAGAAUUACAAAAACAGAACAAAGUUGUGGAAUCUGAAAGAGAUGAACUAGUGUUACUUGUUUCAGAACUGGAUGAAAAGAAUCAGCACUUCCGUGACAAAUUAGAGGGAUUCGAUUAUCAGUUCAGUUCUGAAGAAGAGGAAGAUGAAGAUAAUGAUGGUGAUGACGGUGGUGAUGAAAAUGAUGAUAAUGACCCUUAA